AUGCAAUCGAUAAAAAAGACUUUUCAUAUACCGGAAUCGUAUUCACUCAAAUCAGAUUAUGCAAAACCGAGUAUCAUUAUUUCACUCACUCCACUUGUUUCAUCCUGUUCAUCAUCAUUAUCAAAUUACGUCGGUGGUUUACGACCUUAUUAUCAACAAAAUAAAUAUCCCUUCAUAUCGACUGCACCACCUUUGUUAUCAUCUCGCGUACCAUCUAUCAAUAUUCAUAAGAUUAAUGAUGAUUAUCUUGAAACGUCAUCAUUCCCGAAUAAAAUUUUAGAAAAGAAUUCAUUCAAAAAUGAACAUAGUUCUUUACCAGCAGAUGAGUCGAAAUUAUCAUCCCAAUCAAAAUCCUUUACCAAUGCAACAGUAAAUAGAUCAAAAUUUUCAUCUAAAAAUGCUUCAACAACAGUUCCUGAUACAACGAUUGUAUCACUAUCAAAUAAUGAUAAUUUAGUAACCAAAGGCAAACAUCGAUUAUCUGAUGACGUUGAACGUAUUGUUCAAGAACACUUAAAAUAUGUUCGUGAAGAUGUAUCACAUGGCUGGGAUUUAAUACAUCAAGACGGUGAAAUGAAAGUCUACCGACGUGAAGUUGAAGAAAAUGGAAUUGUUGUUGAUCCACUGAAGUGUUUUCAUACGAUAAAAGGUGUUACCGGUCAUGAAAUUUGUCAUUAUUUUUGGGAAUUUCAAUAUCGAAUGGAAUGGGAAACGACACUUGAUUCAACAAAAAUAAUUGAAGUAUUAGAUCCGGAUACAGUGAUAUUUUUUCAAGUACAUAAACGUGUAUGGCCAGCUGCACAACGUGAUUCAUGUUUUUGGUCUCAUAUUCGAUAUAUAUCGAAUUCCGAUGAAGAUCAACCAACAUGGCUUGUUGUUAAUUAUACUACACCGCAUCCACUUGCACCUAUUAAGUCACCUCAAGUUCGUCUUAUUGCUAAUGUUGCUCUAAUAUGUGAAACAAUUAUAUGUGAGCCACCAUUAAACCCACAAGAUAUAAAACGUGAAAACAUUCAAUGCAAACUUACUUAUGUUGCUUUUGUCAAUCCUGGUGGAUGGGUUCCCAGUGCAGCAUUAAGAGGUGUGGCAAAACGUGAAUAUCCUCGUUUUCUUAAACGUUUUACAUCUUAUGUAGUUGAACAGACACGCAAUAAACCCAUCCUAUUUUGA